UGAAGCCGACGUCACAGUUAAACUCGGCAAGUUAUCAGUGAGAACUUUGUGAAAACUUUUUUUUUUCAAAAUGAAAGUAUUUUUGUACCUCGCCGCGGCUGUGCUGGUGUGCAAUGGCAUCGAAGGCUUACUUUUGCCGGGUUGGCGGGAGCAUCGUGGUCCGGAAAAACUGAUGUCAUGGUUUUCCCGAGUUCGUCGCUACCCUAUCACGUCGCAUAAAAUCAUCGAUCCAAACGAAGAUUGCUUCCUGGUAACAUCUGAAGAAGGGGAACUGUUCUUCAAAUCACCGUCAGAUGAGCCGGUGGUGUGCGGCAUCUACAUGAUCACUGAUCCCGACAAGAGGAUUCAGGUUAUCUUCAACUAUCUGGACGUACCUUGCGAGAACGGUGGUUUGGUUGCGUGGGUGGAUGGUUGGGAACUGAACGGACAAGUCUGGCCGGCUGACUCCUGGGACGACGACCGAGUGCUGGAGUCCUGUGACAAGCGCCCACAACGUAAGCUGGUGUCGAGACAAAAUGCUGCGCUCAUACAGUACAGGGUACCGGCGAGAGGGAAAGGAUUUGCGGUCACGAUACGGCACUUGAGAAAUGCGAGACCCUGUAACGUGAUGCUAUUCGGCGCCGAGGGUGUCUACACACUGCGGAACCACGGUGUAACUGGGAACUGCUCGCUCAUAGCCGUCUCUCCAGCUACAGUGCGUGUACUGGACCUUAACGUGGGACAGUCGGCGAAAAGAGGCGCUCUACUCGACAUUGAAACAGGCACUAUUCACCAUUGCUCAAAGAGGGGCUUAACCGACCACGUUGAUAUUGGAGGCGCAAGCGGCCUGGACCAUACCAAAAUGGAGAUAUACGACAGCAUAUGCGGGCUCGACUCUACUGAAGCAUACCGUCCAGCUUUCAUCGCCUGCGAGGAUACAGUAGUUCGGCUCGUGUCCAGCGGCAAUUACCAGAACUCUAUCACCCUGGGCUUCGAACCUCUACCCCUGGAGCAUUACGAGCAUGCCGAUCUCAUCUGUGGCCUCAAUGAUAUGUAAGACCACCACUCGCAAUUGGACGUCGCUUCCCGCCCACGGUAUUGAUGUCUAGACUAAUUAACGAUGUUAAUUAAGUUUAUAACACGUUCACUACUGUUUUAACAAAGUAGGUAUUGUAGGUACUAACGCGAAUAGAAUUCUGCGGUUUAGAGUAAGUUGAAAGAAAAAGAAUACGUUUUUUAAUUAAUUUUCUCUGGUAUAAAAUAUACAGAAAUGGAGUUAAUUUAGUAGCUUAUAGCUAUAUUUUUUAAAAUUAUUUUUGAUGUGAAACAUCUAUAUCCGCACGUAAACCAAUUUCUGGCGUGGCGACGCAUGCCGUGGCGACGCGUCGCCACUCUAUAUGAUGGUAUAUAUUAUAUACAGUCUGCAGUAGUGUUUACGGUGUGGCGACGCGUCGCCAUGCGCAAUUAACUCUGCGAUUCUCUCCUACUCGAUCCGGUGUUAAGCCAUCUCUCUCGCUACACUGAGCUGAAUACAGUGUUGUUUAACUUUUACAAAAUAAUUUAGAUGUUUCACAUCUGCCAGGCGUCCCGUGGUGUUUUGUAUUGGUUUUAAAGCUAAUUUCAGUUUGUAUUUAUUUAAUGUUUCUGUUAACUACUGAGAAACAGUGAAACUUCUUAGGUACUAAAAAAUAAACUGGAUUACUUAUGUUUUGGGUGUAGAUCUAAAUUUUAAGUAACUUAAUAAAAAUAUAUUGAAAAAUGUUACAUUUAUCUGUGUAAUAGUAAAAUGUAUUCUCCUAAAGUAUAACCUUUUAUCUAUAUUUAAUAAGAACUUCCUAUAUCUAGUCAAUCGAUGUAUGAAUAACCGAGUUACAAACACGUUUAUUAUUUCCACCCCAUUAUUAUAAUUUGUUACUGUUAAAAUCAAAAGGCAAAAGUUGUUUCGACAGUUUUUUCGAUAUUUUUUUAUAAAUAAACAUAAAAAAAAUUAAAUAACUUAUUAUAUUUUAAGUAAGUAUACCUACCUACCAGAGGCGAAGAGAGUAUGGAUAUAAGAGAAACCAUAUCCUAAGGUAUGAAUUUCCUUUUCUUUGGCCUACCUUCGACAAUAUUCCAACCUUCGCCACUGAUACCUUACCUUUUUAACAUUCAAUUCAUAGACAUUGUGGGAGCGCCCCCAGGAGAUAGUUCAGCCUCUGAGUGUCAAAUUUAAACUCUAUGCGUUUAAGAUUCGACACUCAGCGGGUGAAUUCACCUGGGGCUGCCACUGCAAUGUCUAUGAAUUCUACUGUAAAAGUGUGGGUAGUUCUUCAAAAAAACAGCAAAAAAUUUUUUUUGUUUAGUAACACGACAUACCUAUUGGAUUUGGACUAGAUAAUUUGUACAGAUUGUAAAAUGAAUGAAUUUGUAACAACGGGUGUCGUGUCUACCAUUCAAAAACCAAAAUGCUGUCGGAAAUUUUCAUUCUGAUAGAACACGAUUAAUAUAGUUAUAUACUCUCCUAAUUUUGUUUCUAUAUAUUAUUAUGAAUGUUAUAAAUCCAAUGUGUGUAAAUAUUAUUAUCUUUAAAUUAUAUUUGUGUUUUAUUUUCCCCAAAU